AGAGAGUGUGUGGGAAAAGGGGGGAGGAGUCAGAGAGAGAGAAAGAGAGGGAGAGAGGUAGAGAGUGAACACACUGUGUGUGUGUGUGUGUGUGUGUGAGACAGACAGAGCAGUGUGUGUGUGUGACAGAGAGAGCAGUGUGUGUGUGUGCAAGAGAGAGAGAGAGAGAGAGAGAGAGAGAGAGAGAGAGAGAGAGAGACAGCAGAAGGAGUACUGGACUGGACUGCCUGGAUAUCCUCUUCCAUCUGGGAGCCAUCUGUGUUCCUCUGGCUCUGGGCUCCUCCACACUGGGGCUCACAUAUGUGGGAACACAAACACAUGCCUGACAUAUGAAGGAGUGGAGAGAGAGACAAAAAACAGAGGAAAGAGAAGGAUAAGAAAGCAAAGUCACCACAGCUGAAUUAGGACAAGAGCCGACUAAUAGGGUGGAGCAUUGUGUUUCUCCCCUUGGCUGGGAGAGCCGGGGCCCUUCUGUCCCUUCUGUCUCCAUCACAGGUGACUGUUGGGGGUCCCAGCUGGCCAGCCUCUUGCCCGAUUAGAUCCAUAUGGAGGAUGGGGGACAGAGGAAGGAGGGAUGAGGAGGGGGCCGGGGAAAUCGAGGCAGCAACGACAGUGGUGAGAAGAAGACCCCUGCCAUGCCCGGCUCUCCUGUGGAUGUCAAGACUCAUUCCAGACCAGUCCCCAGACCAGUGCCCAGCAGCAGCAGCGCCACCAUGCCGCCCCUGCCCUCCGUGAACCCCAGCGGACCCCGGCCAGCCUCCUUCUCCUCCACCACUCUGACCAAUGGAAUCCACCACUCCCCGCCCACCCUAAAUGCUGUGCCCUCGCCGCCCCAGCGCUACAGCAAUGGGCCUAGCUCCUCAUCUUCCUCCUCGCUGGCCAAUCAGCAGCUCCCGGCCACAUGCGGCGCCCGACAGCUCAGCAAGCUCAAACGCUUCCUGACGACGCUGCAGCAGUUCGGCAAUGACAUCUCGCCCGAGAUCGGAGAGAGUGUCCGCAACCUGGUGCUGGCCCUCGUGAAUUCAACAGUCACCAUCGAGGAGUUCCACUCAAGGCUCCAGGAGGCCACCAACUUUCCCCUGAGGCCCUUCGUCAUUCCCUUCCUCAAGGCCAACCUGCCCCUGCUGCAGAGAGAGUUGCUCCACUGUGCGCGUGCGGCCAAGCAGACCCCAGCCCAGUACCUAUCCCAACACGAGCACCUCCUACUCAGCACUACUCUGGCCUCGCCCCCCGACUCCUCGGAACUGCUACUGGAGCCCAGCGAGAGAGAGAGAAACCCGACAGUUAAGAGACACAGUCCUAACAGGGGAAAAGAGAACGGCUUCCACGAGCGCCUCCCCGCCCCCCUGGAGCCCCCAGCUAAGCGCAUCUGCACCAUCAGCCCGGCGCCCCGCCAUAGCCCGGCCAACCCCCUGCCCCUCAGCGCUCAGCUGCACCCCACGCCGCCCCCUCUGCAGCACUACGCCCUUGAGGACAUCAGCGCCCCCCAUCUGCUGCACCGGGAGAGCAGCCACCGGAUACUGGAGCUCCGCGAGCUCAAGGACAGGCCUAGACUACCUGGCACUAACGGGGGCUACCGCGAGGAGCCCGUGGACCACAGGCUGACAGACAGAGAGUGGGCCGAUGAGUGGAGGCAUCUGGAUCAUGUGUUGAACUGCAUUGUGGAGAUGGUGGAGAAGACGCGUCGGUCGGUGGCUGUGCUGCGGCGCUGUCAGGAGUCGGACCGCGAGGAGCUCAACUACUGGCGGCGGCGCUCCAGCGAGCAGGAAGACCCCCGCAAGGGAGGGGCCGCCACCGUGCCCACCCCCUUCUCCAAGACCCACAGCCCCCACACAGCAGCCAUUCCCGCCCCCUUCUCCAAGACCCACAGCCCCCACACAGCAGCCAUUCCCGCCCCCUUCUCCAAGACCCACAGCCCCCACACAGCAGCCAUUCCCGCCCCCUUCUCCAAGACCCACAGCCCCCACACAACCGAGGGACUCAGCAGUGAAUCCCAGAGAGACUUUGCGCCACGACCAGGCUCAGGCUACGUGCCUGAUGAGAUCUGGAGAAAAGCUGAGGAGGCGGUGAACGAGGUGAAGCGUCAGGCCAUGGAUGAGGUCCAGAAAGCAGUGGCCGAGGCAGAGCACAAGGCCUUUGAGAUGAUCACGUCCGAGCGGGCCAAGAUGGAGAAGACACUGUCCGAGGCCAAGAGGAAGGCCACGGAGGACGCCAUCCAGGUCAUCAAUGAGCAGGAGGACUCAAGCGAGUGUUGCUGGAACUGUGGUCGCAAGGCCAGCGAGACGUGCAGUGGCUGCAAUGCGGCGCGCUACUGCGGCUCCUUCUGCCAGCACAAGGACUGGGAGCGCCACCACCUCAUCUGCAGCCCCGGCCUGCAGACCCAGCCCAAGCCCGUGUCCGCCAUCACAGCUGCCAGGGCCGCUGUUACCGCAGGAGCCAAGGCCCCCGAGAGCGUCCCAACAACUGCCAGCCCCGGGGGGGAGAAGGGGUCAGUCGCCUCUCCUUCCUCCACCCCAUCCACUCCCACAUUGAUGCUAGAGACCAACGGGCAGUAAAAGUCAGAACUAGGACCAGUGAUACUGGUCCUCAAGAUGGCCUCCCUUCCCAUUUUCCUUCCAUUCUGUUGUUCCUGACUGUUAAAAUGGACACCAGGACCUUAUACCCCAAAAUGGCUUCCUUUCUUUGUUUCCCUUUCCUCUUGAACUGCUGACGGUGGAAGGUGCUGGUUUCCAUUGUUCCAUCAUUUGGCUGUCACCCGUCGGGUAUCUUUAGGUUAGCAUUUGUCUCUUCAGGUUCUAAAGGUAUCUAGGUUAACAGUUGGCUAUUUAGGUUCUAAAGGUGUCUUUAGGUUAGCGUUUGUCUCUUCAGGUUCUAAAGGUAUCGAGGUUAGCAGUUGGCUAUUUAGGUUCUAAAGGUAUCUUUAGGUUAGCUUUUGUCUCUUCAGGUUCUAAAGGUAUCUAGGUUAGCAGUUGGCUAUUUAGGUUCUAAAGGUAUCUUUAGGUUAGCGUUUGUCUCUUCAGGUUCUAAAGGUAUCUAGGUUAGCAGUUGGCUAUUUAGGUUCUAAAAGUGUCUUUAAGUUAGCGGUUGCGAGGGAGAGGAGACAAGGGAAGAAAGCUGUUUUUAAGACAUGACCCUCAGCUCUGGACACCAACCUUAAUUUAGCCAAGGAAGUGACAUGGACAGGAAGUUAUGUCGCAUACAUUGAGUGAGCGGAGGAGGAAAUGAGGUCACUGAUGUCACCAGUCAUGUUACACAGAAAGAGGACAGAUUGCUUUGGUGAUGGUGGGCAGAAGACAGACUCAUCUACUUUGGGACUUGGGAGGAUCCAUCUUCAACAGUUGGACAAACAGACAAUCUACCUGACAGAUGGACACUUGUUUCGCUUCAUCCAAAAUCUCAAUCCCCAGUAGAGUUGAGACAACUGAGGACGGACUUCAAUCCCCAGUAGAGUUGAGACAACUGAGGACGGACUUCAAUCCCCAGAUUUUAUUUAAGGGGACAGU